UAGAAGGAGAGCAACAGCAGCCCAAUAUGGAGUUUACGAUAGUAUUUCAGUUAACCGUUUUACUUUACCUGUCUUUAUCACCGAUAUACCUGUUGGCCCAAGAGUAUGUAACAGUGGAAAUACAAGAAGGCACUUUGAGGGGUCAGGUGUCAAAAACUUUCACAGACAAAGCCAUGUUUAUGUUUGAAGGCAUUCCAUAUGCCGAACCGCCAGUUGGAGAUCUCCGGUUCCAGCCGCCAGUGGCCAAAGCUGCGUGGUCUGGUGUCAGAGACGCCCUGGCGCUAGGGUCGCACUGUCCUCAAAUUGAAGACAAUGAAGCAGUUGGGGACGAAGACUGCCUCCACCUUAAUGUUUAUGGUCCAGAGGCGGCCUUACAGAAACAAGAACUUAAAGCUGUUAUGAUUUGGAUCCAUGGUGGAUGUUUCACAGGAACUUCUGGUGAUAGCGCAAUACCAAAUUACUACGUCGACCAAGACGUCGUCUUCGUCAGCAUAAAUUAUCGUCUCGGUCUGUUAGGUUUCCUAAGCACAGGUGACGAAGUCGUCCCAGGAAACAUGGGUCUUAAAGACCAGACAGAGGCUCUGCGCUGGGUACAGAGGAACAUAGCAGUGUUUGGUGGUGAUCAUGAAAAAGUAACCAUCUUCGGACAAAGCGCUGGAGGUGCAUCCAUUCACUAUCAUGUCGUAUCUCCACUGAGCACAGGCGAGUAA